UAUACACACAUACACAUAAAGAGUAGAACACAUAUUAACAGAACGGGAGAGUCUCGAACAGUGACACGAUAAUCGUACGGUCGCGCGUUUAAAAGUAAAAUCUCGUUUUGUGUGUGUGUGUGUGUGUUAGUGUCAAGCAUUAAAAAACUUGUUUUAAUGUAACGUGUCUCUGAUGUGUGUGUAUAUGUGUGUUUUAGUUUAAAACAACACAGUGUUUUAAAUUUCAUCUAAGGUGUGUUUAUAAUCGAACCAGAAACUUGUAGAAUUUAGUAUUCCCUCUGUAGUUAACCAUAAGAGAAUUAGUUAAAGUCAUUUUGUAACUUGAACAACAACAACAACAACAACAACUACAGUGGCAGCAGCAGCAGCAGCAGUAUCAAAAGCAACAACAACUUGAACUGGAUACUGGUAAAGGGACGUAGAAGGAAGUAAGGAAACGAACCAAGUAACAUGACCACAGAACACGAGAACGAUAGUAGGGUUAGGUUGAGAAGGACCAAAAGUGUCACUCAUGCUGAGGAAAUACAAAAGGCUGAACAACUAGUCAGAAAAUCUCAACCGGAUAAACCAUGUCACCGACCAAGAGACAGUCUCUUUUCAUGGAGCUCGGGUUUCGACAACUUUACAGGAUUCGUCAACUGGGGCUUCCUCUUGCUUGGAAUUGGUGGAAUGCGUUUGCUUCUUGAAAAUUUUAUCAAAUAUGGGAUCAGAGUAGACCCAUGGCAAUGGUUUUUAUUCCUGAGCGGGAAGUACGAUGGUGGUGAAGAGCAUCCUUCGAUUUUGCUGAUCGUUUAUUCGACUGUGCCAGUGACACUUUGCUUGUUAAUCGAGAAGGGGAUGUCUGUGGAUAUCAUAGCUCAUGGACCAGGAAUGGUGUUCCACAUCGUAAACCUCAUCGUGAUGGUACUGAUGCCAAUGGUGGUCAUCCACGUGAAGGAUUCCGGAUUCAGUCUGUUUGGUGCCAUGUACGUGUGCAUGCUGUAUGCUAUUCUAUUCUUGAAGUUAUGGUCGUACAUCCAAGUGAACAUGUGGUGUCGUGUUAGUCAUGGAAAAACAUCUAGCCAAGGUAGAAUGCGACGACAAUCCUUGUCUUACAAUAAUCUUCAGUCAACAAAGUUGAAGCAAAACAGUGUUGAAAGCGACGACAUCGGGCAUGAAGUGAACGGUUGUGGCACAGCGUUGGUGCAAUAUCCAGACAACCUGAAUUUUGGCGACCUUUAUUACUACAUCCUGGCACCCACGCUCUGCUACGAAUUAAAUUUCCCUAGGACCCAGAGGAUACGGAAAAGGUUUUUGAUAAAACGCAUCUUGGAGGUGGUCGUUGGUUGUCAAGUAGUAAUGUCAUUGUUUCAACAAUGGAUGGUACCUUCCGUGAAGAAUUCGCUAAUACCCUUCAGUAACAUGGACGUUGCCAAGGCCUCUGAACGUCUUCUCAAAUUAGCGAUCCCAAAUCAUUUGAUGUGGUUAUGUUUCUUUUAUUUAAUAUUUCAUUCAUUUCUAAAUUUAAUGGGUGAACUGUUACACUUUGCUGAUCGAAAUUUUUACUGUGAUUGGUGGAAUUCGAACAAUAUCGACACAUUUUGGAGAAGUUGGAACAUGCCUGUACAUAGAUGGGCUGUACGACAUUUGUACAUACCAAUUGUUGAGAUGGGUUACAGUAAAAAUACAGCAUCAAUAACUGUCUUUUUCAUCAGUGCAUUCUUCCACGAGUAUCUCGUCAGCGUACCAUUGAAAACAUUUAAAAUCUGGGCAUUUUUAGGGAUGAUGGGUCAAAUUCCGUUGUCAUCGUUGAGCAAACUGGUUGAGAAAAAAUUAGGCCCCAGGUGGGGUAACAUCGUUGUAUGGUCCAGUCUCAUCAUUGGACAACCCCUUUGCAUUCUGAUUUAUUAUCACGACUAUGUGGUCACUCAUUUUGGUGAAACCUUAUUGGAGGAUUAUUCGGUUGUAUAGGAGGAGUUUGACAAAUUUAUUAUUCAUCGGUAAUUGGAGAUAAAAAAGUAUUUCUAAAAGAAAACAAAUAUCAGGAAAGAAAACAUAAAAAGAAAAACC